CCGCCCUGCUCGCCCCACUCGGCUCGCCCGCGCCCCGCCAUGGAGGACCUGGAUGCCCUGCUUUCUGACCUGGAAACCACCACCUCACACAUGCCAAGGCCAGGGGCUCCAAAAGAGCGCCCCCCAGAGCAGCUCACACCCCCGCCACCCUAUGGGCAGCAGCCACAGACAGGUUCUGGGGAGCCUUCCGGGGCCUCCGGGGACAAGGACCACCUGUACAGUACGGUAUGCAAACCCCGGUCCCCAAAGCCUGCAGCCCCUGCGGCUCCUCCCUUCUCCUCUUCCAGUGGUGUCUUGGGCACUGGGCUCUGCGAGCUAGACCGGUUGCUUCAGGAACUUAAUGCCACCCAGUUCAACAUCACAGAUGAAAUAAUGUCUCAGUUCCCCUGCAGCAAGAUGGCUGCGGGAGAGCAGAAGGAAGAACAACCUGAUGAUGAGAAAAGACCCAGCCUCCCUCCCAGCCCUUCCCCUGCCCACCCCAAGCCUUCGGCCACAUCAGCUACUCUGGAGCUGGACAGACUGAUGGCCUCCCUCUCUGAUUUCCGCGUCCAGAACCACCUCCCAGCCUCGGCGCCUGCCCAGCCACCAGCGGGGAUGACCACAGGGGCAGUGAACUCAGUGGAUGAGACUUCCCCAUCCCCACCAGCACCGGCAAACAAGGGCAGCCUGGACACCAUGUUGGGCCUGCUGCAGUCUGACCUCAGCCGCCGUGGUGUCCCCACCCAAGCCAAGGGCCUCUGUGGCUCCUGCAAUAAGUCCAUUGCUGGGCAAGUGGUGACAGCUUUGGGCCGUGCCUGGCACCCUGAGCACUUCACCUGUGGCAGCUGUGCCACUGCGCUGGGAGGCAGCAGUUUCUUCGAGAAGGAUGGAGCCCCGUUCUGCCCCGAGUGCUACUUCGAGCGCUUCUCGCCACGUUGUGGUUUCUGCAACCAACCCAUCCGACAUAAGAUGGUGACAGCCUUGGGCACUCACUGGCACCCGGAGCACUUCUGCUGCGUCAGUUGCGGGGAGCCUUUCGGAGAAGAGGGUUUCCAUGAGAGGGAGGGCCGCCCCUACUGCCGCCGGGACUUCCUGCAGCUGUUCGCCCCUCGCUGUCAGGGCUGCCAGGGCCCCAUCCUGGACAACUACAUUUCAGCGCUCAGUGCGCUCUGGCACCCGGACUGCUUCGUCUGCAGGGAAUGCUUCGCACCCUUCUCCGGAGGCAGCUUCUUUGAGCACGAGGGCCGCCCGCUGUGUGAGAACCAUUUCCAUGCAAGACGUGGCUCCCUGUGUGCCACGUGUGGCCUUCCCGUGACCGGCCGCUGUGUGUCGGCCCUGGGUCGCCGCUUCCAUCCGGACCACUUCACCUGCACCUUUUGCCUGCGCCCACUCACUAAGGGCUCCUUCCAGGAGCGUGCGGGCAAGCCCUAUUGCCAGCCCUGCUUCCUUAAGCUCUUCGGCUGAGGACGCACCGGGUUCGCGGCUCCUUGCACAUGGCUCCACAGGCCCAUUGCCGGCCAGAUCCUCCAGCCCACCAAGGCCUAGCACCUGGAGCGCAGGGCUACCUCCAGUCUCCUGGAGAGGCCCUCCCCUAAGGUACUCAAGUCCGCCCAGGUCAGAAGGCCCUGCCAACCCUGCUGCCAACUCCUCCAGAGCCGGUUGGUCCCGUUGUGACAGGAGAUUCUGCUCCAGAUCUUGCCCUACUCUAUCCCCCAGCCUUGGGGGGAAGGGUCCUGCCAGGCUCUGCAAUUGGAGGGUCCCACCCCGUCACUGCUCAGUGCACUUUUUUUCUACCUGCAUAAACUCACAUUCCACAUA